ACGGGUUCGCCGUGCACCCUUUUCCGCGGAGGAGAGCGCACGUUCCAGCACCUUGGACAGAGCGCCACGCCGCAGUGUCUAAGCGCGGAUUCAACCGGUGGCUCUCCAGCGUGAGGCGUCCAGUGACGGCCGCAGAUGAGUGAACGACACACACGAGAUGCGGUUAUUGCGCACAAGGGGACACGCCAAUCGCUCACUUUAGUUCUUUUAGGUGGUGGGAGGGAGGGGGGCGGGGGGUACGCUUGUGAUCCUCCAUCGCGUGGGUAGGCGUGCCGUCGGAUGAGUGCUCGACUGGGCUGCGUGGAAAAGCUGAGUGUGAGGCGAGCGCGGUCCGCUGUGGUGGUGCCUGAGAGAAGCCUCCAUGAUUUAAGGAUGCUGUUGGGAAAUGCCUGGAGACAGAGAUGACGAGAUUUGUCGAAAGGCACUUGAACUCCUUUCAGAUCUUUGUUCCAAAGGGGAAGUGCAGAGUGAAAACUGCCUGGAUUUCAUUUACUAUUUCCGUGAUUUGGCCAGGCCACGCUACACGGACUCGGAUGUGUCAGUGAGUCUGCUGUCACUGGUUGUGACAGCCUGUGGCUUGGCUCUAUUUGGGGUCUCUCUCUUUGUGUCUUGGAAGCUCUGCUGGAUACCAUGGAGGGAACGUGGUCUCUCCCCCACGACCAAGGAGCCCCACGGGGGGCACCUCAACCCAGCCAUGAGCCCUUUGCCCUCGCAGCCUGUUCCGAGGCAGCCAGUUUACACGGCCGUGGAUCCCCCGGCCCACGACCGCCGUGAAUCGUCUCACUGUUCCAUCGCCAAGGAGCCAACGCCAAUGGCAUCGGUCGUGUCUGUGGAAGCUCCGGUUACUCCUGUUUCACCCCCUCCUGUCGCCCUCGCCCCACCGGAGGCAGCCAUGAAGAUCAGUCACACAUCUCCAGACAUUCCACUUGACGUGCAGGAAAAAAGUCGGGAAAAUGGGGUUCAUACCAACCCUCGGAUUCAGAGGCAGACGACAGAACCCUCACCCUCCGGGCACUCCAUUUCAGAAAUUGGACAGGAUUCGAUACGCCGUCAUAUGAACCUGUCAAACCCCGACUUCAAUGUGGCCCAGUUCCAAAGGCAGGACUCACUGACUGGUAUGGGCCUGGGCCUCGGGCGCCUCAAACCCGAGCUCUACAAACAACGCUCUCUGGAAGGAGACGAUGGAAGUCACAGAGGCGGAGGAUGUGGGUGCCUCCACUUCAUCCUCAAGUUUGACUGUGACCUGGAGCAGUUGAUUGUUAAGAUCCACAAAGCAGAGGACCUCCCAGCCAAGGAUUUCUCCGGAACCUCUGACCCUUACGUUAAGAUCUACUUGCUGCCUGAUCGGAUGACCAAGCAUCAGACCAAGGUGCACCGCAAGACGCUAAACCCUGUGUUUGAUGAGGUUUUCUUGUUUCCUGUGGCCUACUCAGAGCUUCCCACGCGCAAGCUGCACUUCAGCGUCUAUGACUUUGACCGAUUUUCACGACAUGACAUCAUCGGUCAAGUGGUUGUGGACAACUUCCUGGAUCUGGCAGAUUUCCCACGGGAGACAAAACUCUGCCGGGAAAUCAAAUACGUCUCCACGGAUAACGUGGACCUGGGUGACCUAAUGUUUUCUUUGUGUUACUUACCAACCGCUGGAAGACUGACCAUCACAAUGAUAAAGGCUCGCAAUCUUAAGGCUAUGGACAUUACGGGCGCAUCUGAUCCAUACGUGAAGGUUUCACUGAUGUGUGACGGUCGCAGACUGAAGAAGCGGAAGACCUCCACAAAGAGGAACACUUUGAAUCCAGUCUACAACGAGGCCAUUGUUUUCGAUGUUCCCCCUGAGAACAUCGAGCAAAUCAGCCUGUUGAUUGCAGUGAUGGAUUAUGACCGAGUCGGUCAUAAUGAGGUCAUCGGUGUGUGUCGGGUUGGCAACGAUGCAGACAACCUCGGUCGGGACCACUGGAGUGAAAUGCUUACGUACCCCCGAAAACCUGUCGCUCACUGGCAUCCUCUUGUGGAGUACCAGGGGACCACAGGUAGUAGCCAGGGAGGAUCCUGUAACUCUCUGAAGGCACCUCCCUCCCCAUAACUCAGAAUAACACUUUACGUAACAUCUCGACAGGCCCGCGGCUCAGCCUUGUGCUGCUGUGGAUUACUGCACACGCACAAUGAAAAGAAUGGUGCAGCCAUCCAAGAUAUUUCAGGAUGGAGAGGACACAACAGGACCAGUUGCAUGUUGAAUGAUCACAUUGAUGGAUGUUUUCUUUUUUAUAAUGCUCCAUGAGAAAAAAAAAACAAC